GCUCUCAAAGCUUCAUCUUCAUUAGGAAAACUUUCUAUAGCACUGCUCUUUUAAAAUAGCAUUGCAGCUAUGACACAGACCAGCAGGACCAGUCUUUGAGAACACCGCAUUUGCAUGCAAGGUCACAUGACCAGCUGUGCAGUCACAAGAAAAAGGGAUCUGUUUACACUUGCCUUCCACAAGCUCCAAGACGGAGUAUUUCAGCCUGACUGCAGAACUCCAGAACAGAUAAUCUCUCACGUAACAGACAACCAUGGCAGACAAAAUUAAAGAUGCUAAGAUCGUCUUUGUGGUGGGCGGCCCCGGCUCAGGAAAAGGCACCCAGUGUGAGAAGAUCGUGGCAAAGUAUGGCUACACUCACCUGUCCUCAGGUGACCUGCUGCGUGCGGAGGUGGCAUCCGGCUCAGAGAGGGGCAAACAGCUUCAGGCCAUCAUGCAGAAGGGGGAACUCGUGCCUCUGGACACCGUUCUGGACAUGAUCAAAGACGCCAUGAUCGCCAAAGCUGAUGUCUCAAAGGGCUACCUGAUCGACGGAUACCCUCGUGAGGUCAAACAGGGAGAGGAGUUUGAGAAGAAGAUCGGCGCUCCAGCUCUCCUGCUGUACAUCGACGCUAAAGGUGAGACCAUGGUGCAGAGGCUGUUGAAGCGUGGAGAGACCAGCGGCCGCUCCGACGACAACGAGGAGACCAUUAAGAAGCGUCUGGACCUCUAUUACAAAGCCACUGAGCCCGUCAUCGCUUACUACGAGAAGCGUGGCAUCGUUAGGAAGAUUAACUCUGAGCUGCCGGUGGAUGAGGUUUUUGCUAUUGUUGUAAAAGCUAUUGAUGAGCUGAAGUAAACAGCACUUGACAACAAA